GCAGCCCGGAUUGGCCGCGCUGAGGCUGAUUUGCAUGCCCGCCCGUACAAAAGCGAGCUGCGGUCCUCCGCAGCUCGCUUUGCGCCGAGAGCGGCAGACAAAGAGGCAGAGCAGAACCGAGCAGAGCAUCCGGGACGGGGCGCGCUCGCGCACAAAUGGAACAUUUUGGACCGGUACGCUGAGCGGGAAAGUGUCGUCGCAGGACUUCUCUGGGUCCGUUUCAGGUAAGCGGCAAAAUGAGGCCGAGCGGGUGGCUGCCGCUGCUGCUGCUGCCGCCGCUGUUGAGCCUGGCGGCUUUGGCCGAGGCAAAGACCGUCAAGUACCAGACCUGGGAGGAAGACGCCCCGGGAGCGCCGAUCGGUAACUUGAGGGACGACGUCCCCUCCGCCUCGCGCUCCACUUUCAGGAUGAUGAAACAGUCGAACUCGUCCUUCGUCCGCCUGAGGGAGAGCGACGGCCAGCUGAGCGUCGGGGAGAGGAUCGACCGCGAGCGCCUCUGCAAACGCGCCCCGCGAUGCCUCGUCUCUUUCGACGCCGUCGCCUUCUCCCGGGAGCACCUCGCGCUCAUCCGCGUCGAGGUGGAGGUCAAGGACAUCAACGACAACUCCCCGGCGUUCCCCCGCCGGGAGUCCGGCGUGGACAUCUCCGAGAACGCCGCCGUGGGGACGAGAGUCCCGCUGGACUUCGCCACCGACGAGGACGUCGGGCUGAACUACAUCCAAAGCUAUCAGAUCUCGGUUAACGGCCACUUUUCCGUCGACGUGCUGAGCAGGGCGGACGGGGUCAAAUACGCACAACUGGUGCUCGUCAAAGAGCUGGACCGGGAGACUCGGGCUUCCCACGCGCUGGAACUGGUCGCCGUGGACGGCGGGAACCCGCCCCGCUCGGGAAGCACACGCGUCACCGUCAAAGUGAAAGACUACAACGACAACAGCCCCGUUUUUGAGCGCGACAGCUACCGAGUGGACUUGUCGGAAGACGCCCCGGCGGGGUCGCCGCUGCUCCGCCUCAACGCCGAGGACCCGGACGAAGGGCCGAACGGCCAGGUGGUGUACGGCCUCGGGAGCCAGGCGCCCCCGGAGAUCCGGCGACUCUUCCGGGUGGACAGAAAGAGCGGCGAGCUCACCCUGGAAAGCCCCGUCGACUUCGAAAGCAAGAACACGUACGAGUUUGACGUCCAGGCCUCCGACCUGGGGUCCGACCCCAGCCCCGCCGUCUGCAAGAUCGUCGUGCAGGUGCGGGACGUCAACGACAACGCGCCGGAGAUCUCCGUCGCGCCCGUGACCUCGGCGGCGGCCGACGUGGCCUGCGUCAGCGAGGCGGCGGCCGUGGAGACUUUUGUGGCUCUGGUCAGUACUUCGGACCGGGAUUCCGGAGCCAACGGGCGGGUGCGCUGCGCCCUCUACGGACACCGUCACUUCAGACUGCAGCAAGCCUACCAGGACAGCUUCAUGAUCGUCAGCGCCGGCCCGUUGGAUCGCGAGAAGAUCCCCGAGUACAACCUGACGCUGGUGGCCGAGGACUCGGGCUCCCCGCCCCUCCGGACCGUCGCUCAGUACACCGUCCGGCUCACGGACGAGAACGACAACGCUCCGGCGUUCGGCGAGCCCGCGUACGAGGUGGCGGUGGCGGAGAACAACGCGCCCGGUGCCUACGUCGCCACGGUGACGGCGCGGGACGCCGACGCGGGGCCCAACGGGAAGGUCACCUACGAGCUAAGCGACGGCGUCUUCAUGGGCUCUCCCAUUUCCACCUUCGUGUCGAUGGACCCGGCCAGCGGGUCUCUUUACGCGCUGCGGAGCUUCAACUACGAGGUGAUGAAGCAACUGGAACUGCGGGUCACGGCCAGCGACGGCGGCUCCCCGCCCCUGACCGGGAGCGCCCAUGUUUUCCUGAAGGUCGUGGACCAGAACGACAACGCGCCGGCCAUCACCCGCCCGGCGCUCAACGACGGCUGGGCCGAGGUCCUCCUGCCCCGGGACGCGCCCAGCGGCUACGUCGUCACGCGGGUGGAGGCCCGGGACGCCGACGAGGGCGCCAACUCGGAGCUUUCCUUCGGCCUGGCCGCCGGCGAACACUCCGCCUUCUCCGUGGACAAACUCACGGGGGACGUCCACCUGAAUCGCUUGCUGGGCCGCGACGCGGACGACGCCCUGAGCGUCACCGUGACGGUGAGCGACAACGGCAGGCCCGCCCUCACCUCCACCGCCGCGCUGCGCUUCGUCGUCGUCGGCGGCGUCGGCGCCGGCUCCCCGCCGGGCGACCGCCCCGUGCGCCGGUGGGACCCGUCCGUGGUCGUCAUCGUCAUCUUGGCGGGGAGCUGCACCCUCCUGCUGCUCGCCAUCAUCCUCAUCGCCACCACCUGCAAGCGCCACAGAGCAGACAAGAGCGGCGAGGACGGCGACUCCUACGGGGAGAAAGGCGGGCCGGAGCGGGCCCCCGACGCCGACGCGGUCUCGGCCUCCGAGGUCCCCUGCGUUUAUGACUCGGAGCCGGAGAGCAACGUGAGGAGGAACAACCGUGAGGGGUACUCGACUUUGCCGGGCUACGGCGACGGAAAGGAGGCCGCCGGGCCCGUCGCCAUCUGGAAGGGAAACUCCAGGGACCCGACCUUCAGCGCCAAGGACAGCGGCAAGGGCGACAGCGACUUCAACGACAGCGACAGCGACGUCAGCGCGGACGCUGCGGGCUUCAAGAAAGUUCCCACGACGCUCGCUCAAAACGCGUUGUGGGCGUGCACCAGCGAGUGUAAGGUUCUGGGUCACUCGGACCGCUGCUGGAGCCCCUCGGCCGCGUCCUCCUUGCCUCGGGACCCCCGCCGAAGGGAAAACUGCCACCGGGCCCACAUCCCCAAAACGGCGGGCCUGCAGAGCGUCUACGAGAAGGUGCUGGACGGGGUGUACGACUACGCCGGGCCCGCCGGGGGCCGGGAGGCGUGCGGCGACGCGAGCGUCCCCGCGUACGCGGCCGGCCGCGACCGGGAGGCCUGAAGGAGCCGCCCGGCCGCCAG